AUGGAUACUGUUAAAACAGUGAAGAAGCGCAUUACAAGAAUGAAUACAAAAAGUAAGCUUCAAAUGAAUAAACAUAUGCAUAAUAUUGAGGAGAUUUUAAAAUGUUCUAACGCUACACCCAUUCGUGGCUACGAAGGGCAAGGCUACAGAUGUUGCUAUUGUUUCCAACAAUAUUUAAAACCAAGCGAACUCAAAGCUCACACUGUUGAGACACACGAAGGAAUCACCAAAGCAGAUUUCGGAUAUCCCCAUAUAGAAAAAUUUAAUGUAAAAGUUGAUAUAACCGAUCUUCGAUGUAAACUGUGCGGGCAAAGUAUUGAUAAUAUAGAAGUAUUAAUUAAUCAUCUCAUCAAUGAUCAUAAUAAAGCGAUGUACACAGAUAUUAAGAGUCAUAUAAUACCAUUUAAAUUUGACAACAGCGAGGGACUUCGUUGCUUCAUAUGCUCGAACAGAUUCAAUGCGUUCAAGGCGAUAUUAGAACACAUGAAAUUGCAUAUAAGAAACUUUGUGUGCCCAAUCUGUGACGCUGGAUUCAUCACUCGAAGUCAGAUGAGAUAUCACCGCCAAACUCAUAAGACUGGCUCCUUCAAAUGUGAUCAUUGCGACAAAGUGUUCAGUACGUCCCUCAAAUGUAAAAGUCAUAUGAGAAGCGUUCACGAGAAGAGCGUUUUAAAUAAGUGCGGAUUUUGUGAUGCUACCUUUAUUUCCUACAGGCAUAAACAGAAACAUCAAUCCGAAGAGCAUGGCCUGGAAUGUCAAGUUAAAUGUGACGCAUGUGGUCGUUCCUUUCAAAGUCAGGGCUCGUAUAGAAAGCAUCUCCGGGCGAACCACUUAAUGGAGCGUCAAUUUGAAUGCUCCUUCUGUGAAUUGAAGUUUUUUACAGUCACUGGAUUGAAUAGGCAUAUGGUAAAGCACACAGGGGCUAGAGAUUUUAAAUGCGAUGUUUGUCAAAAGGCGUUUGGACGCCGGAAUACGUUGAGGGAGCAUAUGCGAAUACAUGCUGACGAUAGGAGAUUUAAAUGUGAAUAUUGUGGUUUUGCUUUUGUCCAAAAGUGUAGCUGGCGUGGUCAUAUGCGAACGAGGCAUGGUGAAGAGGUUUAG